CGCGCUGAGCCUCCCGCAGCCCGCCCUGCGCCGCGGCAAUGACCGGCGAGAAGAUCCGCUCUCUGCGGAGGGACCACAAGCCCAGCAAGGAGGACGGAGAGCUGCUGGAGCCCGGCGACGACGAGGCGGCGGCCGCGCUCGGCGGCGCCUUCACCGGGGCCAGGACCGGCGGCAAGGGCGGCAGGGCCUGCGCCAGGAUCUUCAGCCACCACCAUCGGCAGCAGCUGCGCGCGCCCCCCGGCGCCCCGACCCCGCCGCCCCCCGCCUGCCCGGCCCUGGUCGCCGACGGAGGCACCGGGCCCGCGCUCUACCCUGUGCACGAGUGCGUUUUCAAGGGGGACGUGCGGAGACUGUCGUCGCUCAUUCGCACGCACAACAUCGGGCAGAAGGAUUACCACGGGAAUACUCCUUUGCACCUUGCUGUGAUGUCAGGAAAUAAAGAAUGUGCGCACUUACUGCUGGCCCACAAUGCCCCGGUGAAGGUGAAAAAUGCUCAGGGGUGGAGCCCCCUGGCCGAAGCCAUCAGCUAUGGAGACAGACAGAUGAUUACAGCUCUUUUAAGGAAGCUUAAGCAGCAAUCCAGGGAAAGUGUUGAAGAAAAACGACCUCGAUUAUUAAAAGCCCUGAAAGAGCUUGGUGACUUCUACCUAGAGCUUCACUGGGAUUUUCAAAGCUGGGUGCCCCUGCUUUCCCGGAUUCUGCCUUCUGAUGCAUGUAAGAUAUACAAGCAAGGUAUCAACAUCAGGCUUGACACAACUCUCAUAGAUUUUACUGACAUGAAGUGCCAACGAGGGGAUUUAAGCUUCAUUUUCAAUGGGGAUGCUGCGCCCUCUGAGUCCUUUGUAGUAUUAGACAACGAACAGAAAGUUUAUCAGCGAAUACACCAUGAGGAAUCAGAGAUGGAGACAGAAGAGGAGGUGGACAUUUUAAUGAGCAGCGAUAUUUAUUCUGCAACUUUAUCAACCAAAUCAAUUUCUUUCACACGUGCCCAAACUGGAUGGCUUUUUCGGGAAGAUAAAACGGAAAGAGUAGGAAACUUUUUGGCAGACUUUUAUCUGGUGAACGGACUUGUGCUAGAGUCCAGGAAGAGGAGAGAGCACCUCAGCGAGGAGGACAUCCUUCGGAACAAGGCCAUCAUGGAGAGUCUCAGCAAGGGCGGGAACAUCAUGGAGCAGAACUUCGAGCCGGUUAGAAGACAGUCCCUUACCCCUCCUCCUCAGAACACCAUUACAUGGGAAGAGUAUAUAUCCGCUGAGCAUGGAAAAGCCCCUCAUCUGGGCAGAGAGCUCGUGUGCAAAGAGAGCAAGAAGACCUUUAAAGCCACGGUAGCCAUGAGCCAGGAAUUCCCCCUGGGGAUUGAGUCAUUGUUGAAUGUUCUAGAAGUAAUAGCGCCCUUCAAGCACUUUAACAAGCUUAGAGAAUUUGUUCAAAUGAAGCUUCCUCCAGGCUUUCCUGUAAAAUUAGAUAUCCCUGUGUUUCCCACAAUCACAGCCACUGUGACUUUUCAGGAGUUUCGGUAUGAUGAAUUUGAUGGCUCCGUCUUUGCCAUCCCUAAAGACUACAAGGAAGACCCAAGCCGUUUUCCUGACCUUUAACUGACAUGGACAGCCAAGAAAAAAAGUGCAGAGACCCCACAAGUGACUCCAGAUGGAAGGAACAGAGCUUUCCGUAAGGAAAGAGCAUGUCAAGUCAACACAUCAGUGACGUGAGAGAAACGGGCCUCUAAUAAAAACGUCCAGCCUCCUGACGUGCCAUCUCAUCUUUUACAGUUCACUUCCUGUCUGUAAUAGUGACACCCAGUGCCCCUCCUGUGUGAAGCAGCUGAGUGCUGUGAUUUGUUUUUAAAGAUUUUUACACUUGUUGAAAUAUAUAUGCAUAUAAAUAUUAUCUAUAUAUCUAAAACACUCCUGGACCAUUAACAUAAAUUAAAUGUCUUAAGAGAUAAUGAAACCCUUUUAAACCCACCACCUUCAAUCAAGGUGGCAUUUAUAAAUGUCUCUUUAAACUUUGUUUUCAUACAGUGUGAACUAUGUAACAUUAUGUAUAGCUCUGUAAUUUGAAUGUUCAGUAUAACGAACUAGAAGGAACGCAGCUUUCUAUAGAUGAAUGAACCAGUGGUCAUCAGUCGCAUUCACACGUCGCGGUAGCUGUCGGGAGCACUCACUGCAGGGAAGAGGACCCUCCUCCAGCACCUUCGUGCAGCUCAAUGUGGUGCUACUUGUUUUUACCUGAAUUCUUUUUUCAAUGGAAAAUGUUUGUUACUGAUCUUCCUUUCAUAGAACUUUUUUUUUCCUUCUAAACUUGAGUUUAAAGGUCUGUGUUCUGUUGAUAAGGUACGGCUAACUUAAAGCUAGCCCUCUCCCAAGUAUCAGCACUUUAAACAAAUUCCAAAUUUUUAAACUUGCUCCCUUAGACGUGCAUAAGUCUGAUUAUUUUUAGUGGAACAUGGAUGCACUGGUGUCAGUUUAAAAAAUUCGUAUUUUGGACAACUAUAUAUUUAAUGCUUUCAAAGUAAGGUAAAAACAUUUUAUAUGCUAACAGAAUAUAUUUGUUAUAUGCUGAAGUCCAGAAACAUAUACGAGAUUAACAGUUAUUUUUUUUAAGUCACGGGAAAAUAUUUACUGAUUUUUGUCUCCAAAGCGUUUAAAUCAUGCAUUUCUCAUUUUUGCACUUAAUUUCUUUCAUAUUUAUUACAAGGUGAUUUGAAGGUCCAAGAAUGAAAAUUAGGGAAAAUAAUGUGUAAUUCUUAAGGUAUCAUGUUGUAUUAAAGAGCUUAAUGUUUAUAAAUCUGUCCUGAUGAAAUGUGUCAAGAAUGCACCUGUCAGGCUUUUUUAGAAUGACCAUUAGUUUAAACUUUUACCAAGAUUUUAGAUAAUUUGAUUUUAGAGACCUUUAUCAUACAGAUGAUUUAUUUAAAACCCAAAGCGUCAGCCGUAAGAUGUUUCUCUUAGAGUUGCGUCGGGCACAGUGAUAACACCUUGCAUAUAUCAGAGUUUUAUUGCCUUUUAUAUGAAAAAUAUCAGAGUUAAAAACUCAAAGCCCUAAUCACUCCAGUUAAGUUGAAUUUUAAGAAUCAGAAAACCCAGAGCUAGCUUUGUUGAACAGAGGUGGAUCCCUGGUAUUCAGCCAGUGGCUGAUGACCCAGUGACUUAAUGAGUUUUGUUGUCAAUCAUGAGGUCCAACAUUCUGGAAGGCAGUGACCACUUGCUUUAGGCUCCCUGGCUCUGUAGGAAGAUGGUGUACUUUCAGGAGUAAAUACACUGCAGACAGUGUAGGAAAAAUCACAAUAGGAUAUCUUAACAGCUGUGACUGUUUUGCUGGGUUACACUGGAGACAGGAAAGACUACUGAAAAUUUUUGUACUUGAAUUUGAAGACUUACUUUUUUCUUUAACAAAUAGUAGAAUCAGAUUGUUCAUUCCAGAAUGUCUUCUCUGAUCAUAAAGAACAAACAACUGUCAGUAUCUCUUAUGAUGGUGGAAAAAAAAAACCUGAAUUAAUGCAAAUAAACUUUUCACAAUAUUA